AAAAAUUCAACACAUACGUGACCCUCAAAGUGCAGAAUGUGAAGAGUACCACGAUUGCAGUGCGGGGAAACCUUCCAUGCUGGGAGCAAGAUUUCAUGUUUGAAAUCAAUCGCCUGGACCUCGGGUUGACAGUGGAGGUGUGGAAUAAAGGUCUCAUUUGGGACACCAUGGUGGGCACAGUUUGGAUCCCUCUACGCACAAUUCGGCAAUCCAAUGAGGAAGGCCCGGGGGAGUGGGUCACCCUCGACUCUCACGUCAUCAUGACCGACAACGAGAUCUCUGGGACCAAGGACCCCACCUUCCAUCGCAUCCUCUUGGAUACCCGCUUCGAACUGCCACUGGAUAUCCCCGAGGAAGAAGCCCGCUAUUGGGCCAAAAAACUGGAGCAGCUCAAUGCCAUGCGAGACCAGGAUGAUUAUUCGUUCCGGGAAGAGCAAGAGAAACCCCUUCCAGUGCCGGGCUCACAGUGCUGCAACUGGAAUUAUUUUGGCUGGGGAGAUCAACAAAAUGACGACCCCGACAGCACCGUGGACGACCGGGACAGCGACUACCGCAGUGAGACCAGCAAUAGCAUUCCGCCCCCAUACUACACCACCUCCCAGCCCAAUGCGUCAGUCCACCAGUACCCCAUGCGCCACCAGCAGCGAGCAUCCCACGACUCCUACCCAGAGAACUAUGAGAUGGACUACUCAGAUCAUCGGCCAAUCAGCCCCACGGGGAGCAGCCGGUAUGCCUCGUCGGCCGAGCUGAGCCAGGGGAGUUCCCAGCUUAGUGAUGACUUUGACCCCGAAGACAUUAGUCUACAAGGCUCGGAGUUAGAUGAGCGGGACGGGGACUCCUAUCACUCCUGCCACAGUUCGGUGAGUUACCACAAAGACUGGGAUGAAGAGGAGGAGGACAUCUCUCUGGAGGAGGACAAAUUCAGUGACGAAUACAGUGACAAUGAGGAGUAUUACCGCGAGGACGAGAUACCGGAAGCCCCGCUCCAGGAGACGCCGCAAGUCUCCCCGCCCCAGCAGAAGCCGCAACAGGUGCAGGUGCAGCCGCAGAAGCUGCCACAGGCGCAGCCGCUGCCACAGAAGCCGCCACAAGCUCAACCGCCACCCCCGCAGCCUGUGCAACUAAAGCAGCAGCUGCCGCUGCAGAAGGUGCAGCAAGUCCCGCCGCCGCAGCAGCAAAAAAUGCAGCAGCCACCGCAACUGCCGCCGCAGCAGGCGCAACAGAAGCCCCAGCCCUUGCAGCAACAGGAACAGAAAGGGGAGAAGGUGGACGAAGCUCUCCCCAUCCCCCAGGAGGAGCUACCCGUGGAGGAGACCUUGGUCAAGGAAAAAGAGCAAGUGGAAGAACCCCCCGAGACAGAGGAGAGGGAGAGAGAGCCGGAGAUCACGGUGGACCCUAAAGCGCGGGCGAAAGCCAACUGGUUACGAGCGUUCAACAAAAUCACCAUGCAGCUUCAAGAGGCCCGAGGUGAAGGAUCCGGGGAAUCCAAAUCUCUCUGGUUUAAAGGCGGGCCGGGAGGAGGGCUGAUCAUAAUUGAUAGCAUGCCCGACAUUCGCAAGAGAAAACCCAUUCCCCUAGUUAGUGAUUUGAAAAACCAUGUUUACAAGAAGACCCUUCAAGCCUUAAUCUACCCCAUCUCUUCCACAACCCCCCACAACUUUGAGGUGUGGACGGCCACCACGCCCACCUACUGUUACGAGUGUGAGGGCUUGCUGUGGGGCAUUGCGCGCCAAGGGAUGCGGUGCACCGAGUGCGGGGUGAAAUGCCACGAGAAGUGCCAAGAUCUCCUCAACGCUGACUGCCUACAACGAGCGGCAGAGAAAAGUUCUAAGCACGGAGCCGAGGACCGGACGCAGAACAUCAUCAUGGUGCUGAAAGAUCGCAUGAAGAUCCGGGAGCGCAAUAAACCGGAGAUCUUUGAGCUGAUCCAGGAGAUCUUUGCAGUCUCCAAGGCCAUUCACACUCAGCAGAUGAAGGCCGUCAAGCAGAGCGUGUUGGACGGCACCUCCAAGUGGUCGGCCAAGAUCAGCAUCACAGUUGUUUGUGCGCAAGGCCUGCAGGCGAAGGACAAGACCGGCUCCAGCGAUCCGUACGUCACUGUCCAGGUUGGGAAGACCAAAAAGAGGACGAAGACCAUCUACGGCAACUUGAACCCGGUCUGGGAGGAGAACUUCCAUUUUGAAUGCCAUAACUCUUCCGACCGAAUCAAAGUCCGUGUCUGGGACGAAGAUGAUGACAUCAAGUCCAGGGUGAAACAGCGCUUCAAGAGAGAGUCCGACGACUUUCUGGGCCAGACGAUUAUCGAAGUGCGGACUCUGAGCGGGGAGAUGGACGUCUGGUACAACCUCGACAAGCGGACGGACAAGUCAGCCGUGUCUGGCGCCAUCCGGUUGCACAUCAGCGUGGAGAUCAAAGGCGAGGAGAAAGUGGCACCAUACCACGUGCAAUACACCUGCCUCCAUGAGAACCUCUUUCAUUUUGUGACGGACAUCCAAAACAACGGUGUGGUCAAAAUCCCAGAUGCCAAGGGCGAUGACGCUUGGAAAGUUUAUUUUGACGAGACAGCUCAAGAGAUUGUGGAUGAGUUUGCCAUGAGAUAUGGGGUCGAGUCCAUCUACCAGGCCAUGACGCACUUUGCCUGUCUCUCCUCCAAAUACAUGUGCCCUGGGGUGCCAGCAGUUAUGAGCACCCUUUUGGCCAACAUCAAUGCUUACUAUGCUCACACCACUGCCUCCACCAACGUCUCUGCCUCUGACCGUUUUGCUGCUUCCAAUUUCGGGAAAGAACGGUUUGUCAAAUUGCUGGACCAGCUACACAAUUCCCUUCGGAUCGAUCUCUCCAUGUACCGGAAUAACUUCCCUGCCAGCAGCCCCGAACGGCUGCAAGACCUCAAAUCGACCGUGGACCUGCUGACCAGCAUCACCUUUUUCCGGAUGAAGGUUCAAGAACUCCAGAGUCCGCCGCGAGCCAGCCAGGUGGUAAAAGACUGUGUGAAGGCCUGCCUCAACUCAACAUACGAGUACAUCUUCAACAACUGCCACGAACUCUACAGCCGCGAGUAUCAGACCGACCCGACCAAGAAGGGAGAGGUGCCACCAGAGGAACAAGGCCCCAGCAUCAAGAAUCUGGAUUUCUGGUCCAAACUUAUCACCUUGAUAGUGUCGAUCAUUGAGGAAGACAAGAACUCAUACACACCCUGCCUCAACCAGUUCCCUCAAGAGCUGAACGUUGGAAAGAUCAGCGCCGAAGUGAUGUGGAACCUUUUCGCUCAGGAUAUGAAAUAUGCAAUGGAAGAACAUGACAAGCAUCGUCUGUGCAAGAGCGCCGACUAUAUGAAUUUGCACUUUAAGGUGAAGUGGCUGUAUAACGAAUACGUCACCGACCUCCCUUCCUUCAAGACCCGAGUCCCCGAAUAUCCUGCAUGGUUUGAGCCUUUUGUCAUACAGUGGCUGGAUGAAAAUGAGGAAGUUUCGCGAGAUUUCCUGCAUGGAGCACUGGAACGGGACAAAAAGGACGGGUUCCAGCAAACAUCGGAGCAUGCCCUUUUCUCCUGUUCCGUGGUGGACGUCUUCUCCCAGCUGAACCAGAGCUUUGAGAUCAUCAAGAAGUUGGAGUGCCCUGAUCCGCAGAUCGUGGGACACUACAUGCGCCGGUUUGCCAAGACCAUUAGCAAUGUCUUGCUGCAGUACGCCGAGAUCAUCUCAAAGGAUUUUGCCUCCUACUGCGCCAAAGAGAAGGAGAAAGUGCCCUGCAUCUUGAUGAACAACAUUCAACAGCUUCGUGUCCAGCUGGAGAAAAUGUUUGACGCCAUGGGAGGGAAAGAGCUGGACACAGAGGCCAGCGACAUCCUCAAAGAGCUUCAGGUGAAACUGAACAAUGUCUUGGAUGAGCUGAGCCGGGUGUUUGCCACCAGUUUUCAGCCACAUAUCGAGGAGUGUGUGAAGCAGAUGGGAGAUAUCCUGAGUCAGGUGAAGGGUACUGGGAACGUCCCCGCCAGCGCUUGCAGCAGUGUGGCUCAGGAUGCCGACAACGUGUUGCAGCCCAUCAUGGAUCUUCUGGACAGCAACUUGACCCUCUUUGCCAAGAUCUGUGAGAAGACAGUCUUGAAACGAGUGCUGAAGGAGCUUUGGAAACUGGUCAUGAACACCAUGGAGAAGACCAUCGUGCUUCCCCCCCUCACUGACCAAACGAUGAUUGGGACUCUCUUGCGAAAGCAUGGCAAGGGGACAGAGAAGGUAACUCCACCACUUUGGUUCUUUGACUGUCUGUCUGUAGGGACAGGGCCCGAACCAAAAUCAAAAAGAGGGAAACCAAAAUCGCAGUCCAGUUUCAUUGUUAAUCAGGGCACGGAGGAGGAGGAGGACGAAGAGGAGGCCAAGGCCUUGAACGUUGGCCUCGAAAGCGGCAUCAAAGCGGCCUCUGAGAAACACAUUGGGAAUGAAAACGAACGGAACGAAAAAGUUCCUGAUGACCGAAACAAAAGUUUCGGUGUUCGGAUCCCACUCUCCACCCUGCCCGG